AUGUGUUGGAAGGUCGUCUUUGCAGCCCUGGACGAGAAAGCCAACACGUCCUCGGACGUGGCGAGUGCAGUGCAAAAGGGCACCCUCCUGAAUUUCCACAAGUGCCUAGGGCACCUCAAUUUCGACGCGGUAAAGCGUCUAGCACGCGAUCGGAGCUCAUGCAUCGAGCGGAUCGUUCACAAGAAUGUGAAUCGCUUGAUCAGUGCUCAAGCGAGGACCAAGGCCAUGGCCGAGGAGCUGCAGGCUCUCCAGGCCAACGAGGUGUGGGAAGUGGUUAAAAUGCCGCGUGGUGUGCACAUGUUGCACACCAAGUGGGUGCACAAGACAAAGCUGGGCGCUGAGAGUCUCAUAGAGCAAUAG